AUGCCCCGAAACUCUUCGAGACGGCAAACCAGGAACAGACCUGAGACGCCCCCGCGCACCCCAUCAAUAACCAGACGGUCUCCAAUCUCGUGGAAUUACAUUGAAGAUUGCAUGCUACUGAGAGGAAUGAUCCAAGCUUUGAACGAAGGAACCCUCUCAAAGCACGUAUUCGAGAAGCUAGUGAAGAAAAGAGGAGAUGAUCGCUAUUCUGCUGAUACUGCGAGACAGCGCUAUAGAUAUCUCAGCAACAUAUGCACAGCAGUCGAGAAGGACCGCCGCAACCUCUUUCCACAUUUGGUUAUGCCAAAGCUCGAGGCGGACAAGCACGCAGACGAUACGUACAUAGAGCCGGAAGACGAUUUUUUCCUAUCGCCAAACCAAACACCAUGUUCCAAUGCGAGCACCUCUCCUUCAGUCGAGUCUUCCGCUACUCUGACCCCAACUCCCCGCCGCAGCCAUCGGCGGAGCAGCCCUGAAGAGCCUGGCACACCCACCCGCGCAUACCACCGUAGGGAAUCUGACCGACGGCAGAGCGGUGCUCCUUAUCAGCGUGGUGGUUCGUCGCGAACGAACACCCAGCCUCCUGCAAGAACUCCCGCUCCUCCCAGGCGUACUCAAGGACCGAGUACCUCGCGUGGUUCUCGCCAGUCACGAUCUAGGUAUCGAACAACCGCGGCCAACCAGAAUGUCCCGGCUGAGAGCCAACAUUGGAACUUUGCGGCGAGCUUCACCCAAAAUUGA